AUGGUGAGGCUGAGGGAGGAGGAGGAGGGAGGAUACUUCUGGUUGGAGAAGCAAAAGAUCCUGAACCUUCCUGAAAAACAACCUCACACAUCUCACGCGCCUCUCUGCCUCGAGGACGACAUCGUCGCAAAUUGACGGAAUAUUCCAAGCGCGUUUAUCCAUUUGGAUCAUAGGGGUCAACUUUCAUGUUAAAGAAACUUGUUCGAUUUCUUUUUUUUUUUUUGAAGGGGGGGGGACUCAGAUGGAUUUCGUGACUAAGGUGAGGACCUUGGGUUAUUGCUUUUAAGCGGCUCCAAUCACUUGACAACAGUCACAUAGAAAUAGCAGCUCUCCAAAUUUGCACAAUUUAUAGAUUCGAUGUAGAAUACAAAACUCCCAAUAUUCCAUCAUUUGAAACUCUCGUUUAAGGUCGCGAAGUAUGUAUCCUUGACUGAACUGUUGAAUUAUUGAACUACAACAUUUGCUUAUUUAUAGACAUUAGGCUAUAAAUAAUUUAUAUUAGUACACACAUAUUUUGUGAACAAAAGCCCGCCAAUCCCAGAUUUAUAGAGAUAUUUUGAGAUUGCGAACAUUAUUUAGGGGAGGUAUUUAUCGCAGGUGGUUUUUAUUCAAGGCCACUCUGUCUGCCGCUCGCAUUGGACUUGUUGAAGCAGAGAACCAACUGUCGACGGGACGAAGAGUUGGAUAAAUGAGUCGUAUCACAAGGACUGACAUGAGAACGAACUCUGAACCGUCACCGUGUAGUUGCUUCAGGGGUAUAUAAUAAAGGAUAAACAUAAACCAACGGAAUAACCAACCGUCUAUUCAUCUAAAUCUAUGAUCAGCUCGGUGUGUGUUUCGUCUUACCGAGGACGAAAGUCAGGUAACAAACCUCCGUCCAAGACAUGUCUGAAGGAAGAGAUGACCAGGGGGGAGGACUCGGAGAAAAUUGUUAUCAAUGUUGGUGGCACAAGACACGAAACUUACAAGAGCACACUUAGGACCCUACCGGGGACACGCCUGGCCUGGUUAGCCGACCCGCCAGAGACAAACACAAACAAGGAAUCCCUCCCCGUAGGGCACAUAUCGCCAACUACAAACGAGUUAUUUUUCGACAGGCACCCUGGCAUAUUCGCUUAUGUGUUGAACUAUUAUAGGACUGGCAAGCUUCAUUGCCCCGCCGAUGUCUGCGGGCCUCUUUUUGAAGAGGAGUUGGCGUUUUGGGGGAUAGAUGAGACCGACGUGGAGCCGUGUUGCUGGAUGACAUACCGGCAGCAUCGGGACGCAGAGGAGGCACUGGACAUAUUCGAACCACCGGACCCAGAUGACACGGACGAUGAACUACCCAGACGGUUCGGCAUUGAGGACUGCCCGGAAAGAUCGAGGGGAUGCUGCGAAGUUUGUCAACCAAAGAUAUGGGCACUCUUUGAGGACCCCUACUCAUCCAGGGCUGCUAGAGGCAUAGCGUUUGCCUCCCUCUUCUUCAUUCUGGUUUCCAUCACUACGUUCUGUUUGGAGACCCACGAGUACUUCAAUGACCUGCAGAACCGCACAGAACACGUGGUGGUGGGGAACCACACGGAGGAGGUUGUCUCGGUGGAGGUGGUGACCAAGCCCAUUCUGACCGUGGUGGAGGGCGUUUGUGUGGUCUGGUUCACCUUGGAGUUCUUCGUCCGCAUCGUUUGCUGUCCCGACAAGCUGCUCUUCAUCAAGAACAUGUUAAACGUCAUUGACUUCGUGGCCAUCCUGCCCUUCUACCUGGAGAUGGGCCUCAGCGGCCUGUCCUCCUCUAAAGCAGCCUCCGACAUCCUGGGGUUUCUACGGGUAGUCCGUUUCGUCCGGAUCCUCCGGAUCUUCAAGCUGACUAGGCAUUUCGUCGGUCUGAGGGUUCUCGGCCACACGUUGAGAGCCAGCGUCAACGAGUUCUGCCUGCUUAUUGUCUUCCUGGCGUUGGGUGUCCUCAUCUUCGCCACGAUGAUCUACUACGCAGAGAGGAUAGGGGCCCAACCGGACGACCCCCGCGGCUCUAAACACACCCACUUCAAAAACAUCCCUAUCUCCUUCUGGUGGGCCGUGGUCACCAUGACCACCCUGGGCUACGGGGACAUGUACCCCCAGACGUGGCUGGGCAUGAUGGUGGGCGCGCUGUGCGCCCUGGCGGGGGUGCUGACCAUCGCCAUGCCCGUGCCUGUUAUAGUCAACAACUUUGGGAUGUACUACUCCCUGGCCAUGGCUAAACAGAAGCUGCCUAAGAAGAAGAAAGCACACAAUCCGAACCCGGACGCUCCCACGGACACGGCCUCGUUCGGGAAGUCUGUCACUAACUCUCCCAGGGACAGUACUCAGAGUGAUACAUGUCCUCUGGCUGCAGAGGAGAAUAUCAACAGGAACCGCUCAGACUCCAAGCAGAACGGAGACGCCAACUUGGCUCUGUCGUCGGAUGAGGGGUGCAGCCUGACCCAGCCGCUGUCACCCAGCGAGAAGUGGAACCUACGGCACGGCCACGGCCGCAAACACGCCCGGUCGGUCAGGGGGAACAAGGCCACCAAGAAAGAGGCUACCUGCUUCCUGCUUACCUCUGGGGACUUCUCGUGCACUGGAGGAGAGCACACCAUACGCACUGAGAGCUGUAAAGACAUCCUGGCAGCUACUGGGAACUACGCCCAACCAGAAAUCACCACUCUGACCUGAAGAAGUUGAUUGGUCGAUGAAGGAGAAUUGCGUGUGAACCAGGAUGCAGCACUGAAGGACAUGGGGUGGAGCUUCAGGUCUAAGGUCCCUCCUUCCUCUAACUGAGAUGAAGGUCCGGGUCCUUCCGGAAGGUUCUGGAAGAAGAUCUCUUGUCUUUCUGUCAAGUACACAGUACCCAAACUCUGUUGUAGAAUACGUCUAUCUGAUGCUUUAGGAGGUAUAGUUAUGUAUGUACACACAUUUGUCUGUUUCCAAGCAUUUAGCAUGUAUUGUAUUGCAUGAUCUAGCACUAUAUAAUGUACCAUGAAAGAAAAUAUCAUCAGUGAACUUAAUGAUAAGGGACACAUCUAAAGUUGAGGAGUGUUUUGAAUAUCUGAAGUAACUCCUAUUUCCAAAUGGUGUUUUCAAGAAAUUGCUACUAUUUGUGAAGGAUUCGAGGUAUUUUAUGUUUCUGUAAAAAAUGCUGCAGUCUUUCAUCAAUUAAGUAUAAUUGGUAAAUAUUGACUAACAAAAAUUCAACAGAAAUGUGGAGUUGCACUGUUGCAUGGGGCGACAGGUAGGAGCGUUGGGCCAGUAACCAAAAUCUUGCUAGAGUGAAUCCCCGAGCCGUCAAGGCAAAAAUCUGUCGUUCUGCCCCUGAACAAGGCAGUUAACCCACUGUUCCUAGGCUGUCAUUGAAAAUAAGAAUUUGUUCUUAACUGACUUGCCUAGUUAAAAAAAGGUAAAAUAAAAUAAAAUAAAAAAUAAAAAAAGUGACUGUUAACAGACUACAGUGGGAUUGGAACUAGGAGUCGUUGUUCCCAGCCGACUGACUCCCAACAAGUCCAGCUUUGUUUUGAUUAAGUGAAAGUUAAAACAGGUUGGUCUCUGCCUGGUGUCAUGCCAGUCAACAGACAGGCCGUAGUCAAGCAGUGGCAUGUGACUAUGAAAGCUCACGCUAUUUUCCUUUCACAAACAAAGUAUCUUGCAAAUCCUUAUAGAAAGAAUAAAAAUGAUGUAUGAAAUAAUAACAAAUAAUGUAUUUCUAUUACAAGUACAGUGCGUAAACAGUUUCAGGAAGAGGAGUGUCAACAUGCAGACAGUAGUAGCAUGUGACUAUUAAAGCUCACGCUACUGUUCACAAACACAGUGUCUUUAUGUCGUUGUACCAAAAAAAAAGAAGAGAAAUACAGAAUGUAAAAAAUGCCUUGAGAGACCAGAUGCAGUCAGACAGUAGUCAAGAUUUAGCAUGUGACUGAAGAAGCACACACUACUUGUCUUUUCACAAACAAAAGUGUCUUGCAAAUAAUAUAUAAAUGCUAUUGUACUUCUUUGACAAUAUAUUUGCUUGGUUGAAAAAGGGGACCAAAAAUGUGGGCGGCCAUAUUAGAUUAAAAGAGAUUAUCUCAACAUCAUCAUUGCUAAAUGCAUCAUCAACAUUGUUAGUAAAUGCAUUGUUAAGAUCCAUAUCGGCACAUGCUGUGUGACAUCAUCCGCCCGUUCCAGUCGUGCUUAAUGUCAAAGGGAUGGAGCUUAAUGUUGUUAUGGAGUAAUGUGAUGAGAUUUAGAUUUUGUUCCUAAAACGGCAAUCUUGGUUCUUUAAGAUCUUGGUUAUUUUUAAGAUCUUCGUUGUUUGAUAAUCAUUGUACAUGUAUCUAACAUGCUGACCACACCGGCGGCGUAACGUGCGCGAGCGUUGCAAAAUAAAUGUACACAUACAUGUUAUUCAGUCAUCUUGUCCAAACUGCUCGCUCGCACAACGAGCAUCUGCUAGCCAGGCACUAAAAUAAUACUUUGGUUCUAUUUUAGACGCUUGACACGCUGCAAGUCCCGCCUCUUCCAUCUCCUCAUUGGUUUUUAGGAGCAUAUUGGGUGAACUGAGGUCCACACUCCAGUCCAGUUGGUUGUAGUAAUUCACCUUAAAGUUGGUAGCAAACCACCAUAUAAAAUCCACAGAAGAAGAAUACUGAACUAGGAGAGAUUACUAGAAACUAACUAGGUUUACCCUUUUAUCUGUGGAUUCAUUGUCAGAGUAGAGAACACACUAUUUUGUGUGACUCAAAAUGGGUCGAUAUUCUACAAAGAUCCAGCAACAACAAAAAAGGACCUUGUGCAUUUCAAGUAAAAUAACAAACCACAUGUUUAUAUCCCAGGACAAAAUGAGAUAGCAACAGCAAGCUAGCUAGCUAAAUGUUCAUGAAUGUUUCAUAUAUGUUUUGACCUGUCUCCAAAUGAAUAUAUUUGGUUCAGAGUUCUUUUUGAUAUUUCAACCUGUGUGUCCUGAUCGCGUCCGGUGUGGAUAGACAAAAUCGAAGGCACACGCGUGCCCGGUUUAAUCAGCGUGCCCGGUUUAAUCAGCGUGCCCGGUUUAAUCAGCGUGCCCGGUUUAGUCAGCGUGUCCGGUUUAAUCAGCGUGCCCGGUUUAGUCAGCGUGUCCGGUUUAAUCAGCGUGCCCGGUUUAGUCGGCGUGUAAGGUGGAAAAAGGUUGCUUCUCACAUGGCACCCUGUUGUGUUUUGAGAGUGGGAUUUGGGACGCAGACAAGGAGAGUGUGUUUUGAGAGUGGGAUUUGGGACGCAGACAAGGAGAGUGUGUUUUGAGAGUGGGAUUUGGGACGCAGACAAGGAGAGUGUGUUUUGAGAGUGGGAUUUGGGACGCAAGCCAAGGAGAGUGUGUUUUGAGAGUGGGAUUUGGGACGCAGACAAGGAGAGUGUGUUUUGAGAGUGGGAUUUGGGACGUGGGCAAGGAGAGUGUGUUUUGAGAGUGGGAUUUGGGACGCAAGCCAAGGAGAGUGUGUUUUGAGAGUGGGAUUUGGGACGCAAGCCAAGGAGAGUGUGUUUUGAGAGUGGGAUUUGGGGGCAAGCCAAAGAGAGUGUGUUUUGAGAGUGGGAUUUGGGGGCAAGCCAAAGAGAGUGUGUUUUGAGAGUGGGAUUUGGGGGCAAGCCAAAGAGAGUGUGUUUUGAGAGUGGGAUUUGGGGGCAAGCCAAAGAGAGUGUGUUUUGAGAGUGGGAUUUGGGGGCAAGCCAAAGAGAGUGUGUUUUGAGAGUGGGAUUUGGGACGCAAGCCAAAGAGAGUGUGUUUUGAGAGUGGGAUUUGGGACGCAAGCCAAAGAGAGUGUGUUUUCUUUCACGUGGUGUCUUAAUAUAUUUCUCUUGGUCGACCAUAGUUGCCUUGUGUUUACUAUUAAAAAAACGUACGUUUUAUUGAAAUGUAUUGUAAUUUAUAUCUCAACCCUAUUUUGACUCCUCUGACACAAGUCUGUAUAUAGAAGCACAGUUGUAUGUAGCACAGUAUAGGCCUAUCGACUUUACCUUAAUCCUGUAGAAAACCCCUGUAGAAAAUUGAUUAUCUGCACAUUUAGUAACAAUAUAUUACAUUAUAUGAAGAUUAUUUUAUUUUGAUCAUUUAAAUCUAGAAUCCUUAGUUGCUACAUCCAUUUUUGGACUUUUGGACAAAGGAAUGAUUCUUGAAGAAUAUAACUUGUAAAUGCCUCGUGAGUUUAGUUCAACUGUCGUACCCCAUCAGAACACAAUAUAUAAAGUGGUUUCACUCCAAUGUUUGUAAACAAAGUAGAUGUAAACAAAACACUGUAUAGUCUCAAAACAUGGUUGAAACUAUAAUGUUGAUAUGAUGGAUGGUCAGUCCUUGUAUCCGUACCGUAGCUCUGUCUAUCCGUUUGAGAGUGGUUACAUUUCUCCAGCCUCAUCCCUCAGCUGUUUACCAAAACAGAGACGGGGUGUCCCUUUGUUAUUGUUUCAAUGAAGGAUUCCAGAUGUAUCUAUAUCUACCUAUACAGCCUCCUUUUCCACUUGUACUGUUGUGUUUUAGCAGGGGUGAACUGAAUCACAGCUAUAUGAGUCUAAGCUGCUUUCUAGAAUGAUUACCAUGACAAUUAGAAUGGUUAGAAUAUUCUCCAUAGAACAUAGCACGAUUCUAAGAUUCUCAUUCUAAUUAUAUGGGGUUCUCAUCAUGGGUUGGAGGCUUUGUAUGGAGCUGUGUAUCUGGUGCAGUUUGUAAAGUUGAACGGUCCAUUUUGGUGAUUGAAACGCAGUGAAACUGUCAGAUGUUGUGUGUCUUAAAGCAUUGCAGUUGAUAUCAUGUAUCAUGUGAAAAUAAAAUAAAUUUUCUCUAUGACUACAGU